AGCGACGCCAAGCAAAAGCAAAAGUGAAAGCUAAAAGCUGCAAAGCCCAAACUGUAAACGACGCUACGUGUAAACACUCAAAAGCUCGUUAAGAGCAUACAUCCUGUCUCCUAGCCGUGUAUGCUUAUAUAUUGGUAACUGUAUGUGUGUGUGUGUGUGCUGUGUGUCACCAUGUACAAACGUCAGCAAUGUCGGCUGAGUAGCUUCAUCUUAACUCUACGUGGCCAUUGCCAUUGCCAUUGCAUAGUCGUCGCAUAGUCGCACUUCCGGUUUCCGUCUGCGCUCACUUGCCUCAUUUCCGCUGCGGCUGCAAUUAAGCGUACUGCUUCAUCCCCACCUUAACCUCGGCAACAACCAAAAUGCCACGCCAGACCAACUUUAAUGACGCGCUGGACUACAUCUAUGUGGCCAACAGCUUGAGCGACAAUGCCUAUUUGAUAGCCGACGCACAGCAGGAGCCGAACGAGGAGGAGGAGCAGCAGCAGCAGUUUGGCGGAGGCGGCGAUGAUAACAACAACAAUCAUUAUUACAACGAUGGCGUCGAUAGUGAGCUCCUAAGUGCUAAUGCGCACAUUGGGGUUGGCGGCAGCGCAGCCAAUACGACGCCAAGCACAGCAGCGGGCUCGUCCUUGGCCACAGCAGCGUUAGCGGCGGCUGCGGCAAGUGCUUCGGUGGCAGCAGCCGCAGCACGCAUAACCGCAAAGGCAGCGCAACGUGCGCUGGCCACUGGUGCGGCUGGCAGCAAAGCCAUUGAACUGAUCGACAGCAGCAGCAGCAGCAGCGCCAGCAACAGCAACAACUAUACGAAUGUGGCCGUUGGACUGGGCGUUAUGCUGCUGAACGAUACGCUGCUGCUGCAAAGCAGCAACGAUACGCUUGAGCUUGGCGGCGGCGGCGUCGACGGCUUUGGUGAGUUUGCAAAUGGCAGCGGUCAGCUGUUGAGUGGCAACGUCAGUGGUGCGGUCAAUGUAACGUCUAAAGUGACGGAGGAUGAUUUUACGGAACUGCUGCGCAUGGCGGUUACAUCCGUGCUGCUCGGCCUGAUGAUACUGGUCACCAUAAUUGGCAAUGUCUUUGUUAUAGCUGCCAUUAUCUUGGAGCGCAAUCUGCAGAACGUGGCCAACUAUCUGGUUGCCUCCUUAGCUGUCGCUGAUCUCUUUGUAGCCUGCCUGGUAAUGCCGCUGGGCGCUGUCUACGAGAUUAGCCAAGGCUGGAUACUUGGACCGGAGCUCUGCGACAUUUGGACAUCAUGCGAUGUGCUUUGCUGCACUGCGUCCAUUUUACAUUUGGUGGCCAUUGCGGUUGAUCGCUACUGGGCAGUAACCAACAUAGAUUACAUACACUCGCGCACCAGCAAUCGCGUCUUCAUGAUGAUCUUUUGCGUUUGGACGGCAGCGGUAAUUGUAUCGCUAGCGCCGCAGUUUGGCUGGAAGGAUCCGGAUUAUUUGCAGCGCAUAGAGCAGCAGAAGUGCAUGGUGUCCCAAGAUGUGUCCUAUCAGGUAUUUGCCACUUGUUGCACAUUCUAUGUGCCGCUGCUGGUGAUACUGGCGCUCUACUGGAAAAUCUAUCAGACGGCACGCAAACGCAUUCAUCGUCGCCGUCCGCGACCCAUUGACGUCACUGCCAACAACAAUCAGCCCACGGCAGCAGCCUCAACAGAUACAAAGCUACAGCGGCUGCGUCUACGUCUGGGCAGAUUCUCAGCGGGCAAGAACAAAACCGGCGCUGGCGCCGCUUUGGGUCUGGUCGAGGGUAACUCUACCAAUACCGUUAACACCGUCGAGGACACCGAGUUCAGCAGCUCCAAUGUGGACAGCAAAAGCAGAGCAGGCAUUGAGGCGGCAGCAGCAGCAAGCACGUCGGGCAGUCAGAUAGCAACUGUCUCGCACCUGGUGGCGCUGGCCAACCAACAGCACGCCAGCAGCAACAACAAGCAGCCAAAGCAGAUAGCAGCAGCAGCAGCAGCAACAACAAUCGCUGUCAAUGCAAAUGGCAAUGGAGUGGAGUGCCUGGCAGAGGAAGCAGAGCAACAGCAACAGCAGCAGCUUACAGAGCUGGAAGCUCAGGAUGGGGCAAUAACAACCGCAACCGCAACAACAGCAGCGGCAACAAAUGUUGCAACGAGCAAGCCCCAUGGCAAUGGUGGCGCCGCCGCUGCUGCUGCUGUGGAAGUGCUUGAGGAUCCGCAGCUGCAACAGCAGCUCGAACAAAUGCAGCAGCUACAAAAAACUGCCAAAUCCGUUGGCGAUGGUGGUGGUGGUGCCAGCACAUCCAAUGCCACCACAAUUACAUCGAUAUCAGCGCUGUCGCCACAAACGCCCACAUCGCCCGCGAUUGCCGCUGGUCCAAUGACAGCCAAGACCAGCACAUUGACAAGCUGCAACCAGGCGCAUCCGCUUUGCAGUUCGGCCAAUGCCUCUGCGCUGCCCACACCCGAGCCACGCACCAAGCAGCAGCAGCAGCAGCAACCACAGCAACAGCAACAACAACAGCAACAACUUUCGAGCAUUGCCAAUCCAAUGCAGAAAGUGAACAAGCGCAAGGAGACGCUUGAGGCUAAACGCGAACGCAAAGCGGCCAAAACGCUCGCAAUUAUCACGGGCGCUUUUGUUGUCUGCUGGCUUCCAUUCUUUGUCAUGGCACUAACGAUGCCACUCUGCGCCGCCUGCCAGAUCAGCGAUAGCGUCGCCUCACUAUUUCUCUGGCUGGGCUACUUCAACUCCACCCUCAAUCCGGUUAUCUAUACCAUCUUUAGUCCCGAGUUCCGGCAGGCCUUCAAGCGCAUACUCUUUGGCGGCCACCGACCAGUGCAUUAUCGCAGUGGGAAGCUCUAGAUAGUGCAUGCGAAGAGGCGAAGGCGUUUCUGCUAGGACGACGCAACGGACUUUGCCUCUUCGUUAGCAGCAAAAUAUACAUAAAACUAAUAAUAAAGCACACACACACAUACACAUGUAUACAUGUUUGUUGGAAAAUAGUCUACUUCAAUGCCAAGUGUAAAUAAUUGUUAGCUAAAUGUGUUUAAACUGAUUGAUAAUUUACUUAGUACUUAAGCUGUUGUUGUUUUUUUUUGGCAUCAACUCGAACUCAAAUAAAUCAUGAUAAUUAGCUCUAAUGUUAUAUAUAUAGUGUGUAAGCCUAACUUCCAUUUUGUAUGUGCAUGUUUCUCAAUUCACACACAUACACAUACAUAUAGUUAGUCAGUAUUAGUUAUUAUAGCAAACAAUGCAGAAUGCAAUUAUGUAUAUUUGCUUAAUAGAUAUUAAAGCUCUCAGCUGUUACUUCCUGCUUAACAAAUGUAUGGGGUAUGGGGAACCAAUGAUAUUUGGAAUCGUUAUAACUGAACCGAGCACUUACUAAGCCAGUUACUUAUAUUUAAACUUAAGAGUGUGUAAAAAUUGAAAGCUAUUGAAUUUAAG